UGUCAGCCAUUCCACAAAUACAGAGACAUAAGUGUAAAAACUAAAAUAAUUUUUUUCAACAUUUAAAUUAAGUUAACAAUAAAUAAAAAUAGUAUUUGAACAACACCUAAUCAUUUUUUCAUUAUCAAAUAAAAUUAAACAUGUUUUUACCAUGGUUAAACUUGGUGUUACUCUGUGGUUGCUACAGGGUGAUGAUAUUGGUGAAAUAAAGUCAAAAAAAUCACUAACCAUAUGACACAAUUUCAGUCUGCUGACUAUUUGGAGGGAAACCAGCUCUUCUGCACAUUUCAGAAAUAUAGUUUUCAUUCUCAUUUUAUCGUUUAUAGUAAUGGAUUUUUACUUGUUUUGAAGAAGAGAUUGAGUGUCCCGUCCGUCACAAUAAAGAUAUCUAUGGAAAUGGAGACAAAUGAGCUUUUAAAAUCUAGAGAGAAGGCGAGACUACGAAAACAACGAAGCAGAGAAAAAAAGAAGACGAAUAAAGAAGCCUGGGAGAAGAGUUUGAAGAAAGAUGCAGAGAGAAAGCGAAUAUCGAGAGCUAAGGAAAAGGAAAAGUUAGUUACAAUUAGUUCUACAAGUGCAGGUAAGAAAGAACUCAAACUUAAAAGAUGCAAGGAAACUGAAAGAAAAAGAAAAUACAGGUUAAAACAAAAAGAAAAGCUAGAACAUGUAUGUGAUAAAAAUAAUGAACUUGGAACUUUUUCAAACAGGCAAAGCCUAGGAAAGGCUGUAGUUCGUGCAAAGAAAUUUUUACCAAAAAGUCCUUCAAAAAAACUUGCUGUUGUAAGAAAACUAGUUUAUGAAAACUUCCAGCUGCCAAAAAGUGAUCGCUUUUUUAUUAAAGAACAUGUAGAGAAAAAGACGGUUUUGUCUAAGGAAACUGAAGAAAAAGUUAUAGCUUUCUACAGCAGUGAUACAGUCAGCAGACAAGCUCCUGGAAAGAGAGACUACAAAACAGUCAAAAGCAAAGUUUCAGGUGAAAAAGAAAAAUUGCAAAUUCGACAUAUGGUUAUGACAGUAAAAGAAGCGUACGCUUUGUUUGUUGAGGAAAAUCCUGGUAUUGGUAUCAAAAAAAGUAAAUUUUAUUCUCUAAGACCAAUUCAUAUACGCUUGAGCUCAGAAAUGCCACAUAAUGUAUGUGUUUGCAAACUACAUGCAAAUUUUAAUUUCCUUACUGAAUCAUUGUCUAAAGCUGUUGUAGGUUUUCCACCUACAGGUAAAGAACUGUUGGCCGCCAUAUGUUGUAACAUAACAAGUGAAGCCUGUAUGACCGAGUCUUGCAACAAAUGCAAAGAUACAAAUUUCUUGACUAAGUUUAGUUUGAAUAUAGAUUUAGAGGCUCAAAUUUCUUGGAAGCAGUGGGGAGAGGUAAAUAAACGACCAGUUAUAACAUAUGUAGAGACUACUAUUGGAGAAGCAAUGGAAAUGGUACAAAAUAUGUUAGGAAAGUUCAAAGUGCAUUGCUACAUAAAAAACGUACAGAGUGAGUAUUUUGAGUACAAAAAGAAAAAUGCAACACAAGGUGAAGCUGUCUUACAGAUAGACUUUGCUGAAAACUACAGUUGUAUUGCACAAGACGAAAUACAGAGUGCACACUGGAGUAACACUCUUGUAACCAUUUUUACAGGUGUAGCAUGGGUUCCCAAUGGAAAACAAUGUUAUGCUUUGAUUAGCAAUAACCUUACACAUGACAAGUUUUCAAUUUGGUAUUUUCUUAAAAAAAUAAUAAGUGAUCUAAAACAACAGUUCAAAAUUGAGGAAGUAGCGAUUUUCUCAGACGGCUGUGCUGGCCAGUUUAAAAAUCGUUAUACAUUAUCCAAUCUGACAUUUCUGGACAAGGACUACCAAGUAACUGGAGAAUGGUGUUUCUUUGCCACUUCUCAUGGGAAGGGGGCAGUGGACGGUGUAGGUGGCACUGUGAAAAGGAUGGUGUGGGAACAAGUCAAAUCCAGGCGCACAACAGUUACUUCUGCUGAAGAGUUUUUUGAGUGUUGUCAAAAACAGUGUGAGGCAAACAAAAUCAAAGUGAUGUAUGUUGAUGUUAAAGAUAUUGAAGAGUGUCAAGAGUUAUUGGAGUCUCGAUGGGCAGCUGUCAGACCUAUUCCUAAAGUCCAAUCAAUGCAUUAUUUACGGGCAUCAACACUUUACCCAGGAAGUAUUGUAGCCGGAAAUACUGUGAAAUCAGAGCUUCAACUCUCAGAGUCUUGGAACAGUCAUGAUGAGUCAAUUAAUGAAAAACUUUCUGAUGAAGAUUCCUUAGAUUCUGACUUUCUCACUGAAAAUAAAAAGGUCCAAUAUUUAGAUGUAUAUAGUUCUGAAGAUGAGGACUCAUAUUUAAGACCUAAACCUUUAAAAAAAGAUGAAAUAGAAGCUGGACAGUACAUAUUAGUAGAACUUGUAAGUGAAGGUAAACAGAAGAGAGCUCAUAAGUAUUUGGCUAUAACCCAGGGGUGCGUAGAAGAAGACAACAACGUGGAGGUCUUGUUCAUGAGAUUAGUGCAGAAGACUAAAACCAAGGACCAACUAUUUGAAAUAGACUCUUCUAAAACAUACAUAGUGUCUGUUUCAGAAAUACAAGGAGUUUUUGAGGGGCCAGAAGUAAAAGAAUUGAGAAAUAGUAUUUAUUAUAAGUUUGCAAAGUCAAUCGAGCUGUAAGAUGAAAAACCCUUGUAAAUAUUUAAUUUCAAUUAUAACAGGUUCUAGUUGUAAGUAAAUUUAAGUUAAAUAGUUGAGUAAAAGUGUUCAUGAAUAAAAAAGUGUAUUAAGUAACUGUUUGUUGUUUUUAUACACAAGUAACCUUUUGUCCCGUCCGUCACGUCCCGUCCGUCACACGUCAACUGCUAAAUUUGAAUUUUUUUGUUGUAACACAGAGUUUUAAAAUGGAAUAUAAAGCACAUGAUUACCAGAAAAACAACUUUACAAAACGUAUACUAUUAUUUAAAAAAAAUAAUUAUUGUACAAUUCACAGAAAAAUGUAGUAAAAGUUAGUGUAGUUUCUGUAGUGUCCAAAUUACGUCCCGUCCGUCACACGCUUUAAAAAUGCUGUAACUCAUUUAUAUUUCAAAGUAUUUUUUUUUAAGUGAGUUUAAAAAAUGCUUAAGAUAUGCUGAAAAAACUGCAGAAGGUUUUAAUGCAUGAUAACUUUUUUUUAUAGAUACUAUAAGGAAAUUUAUCUCUCUGCUUGUCCCGUCCGUCACAAUGGAAUGGCUGUUGUGCAUUACCAUAAUGAUCACAAUGAAUCAAUCUUUCUAAUAAAGUUGCGAACCAAACUUUAUAGCUAAAGUAUUAUAUAAGUAUAAUCGGUGGCAUUUACUUGCUAUAUUUAAAUC